AAUGCCUGGUUUACCUAUUCAAGAUGAUAUGAGGUGAUGCGGAAAUGGAAGUGAAACGGUCAGGAACUUUCAUUUAUGCAGAAAUUCACUUAUCUCAUGAUUUAAUGAUAAAACUUAUUAAGAAUUGGGUAAUGAUGGUUUGUCAUUUUUAAAAAGUGGAUCCCCAGAAAAGUUUGUGAAACACUGCUCUAAGCUGGAACAUGAAGGCUGUUUACAGUGGAGAUGGUGAUUGUGUCUCUGUGAGCUGCUCACUUAACAGCAGACUUCAGGAGGGAUGGCACAGAGGCCAUUCAAGUUGAAUGUCCUCAUUUGGUCAUUGUGAAUAGUAUAUCUGGUAGGCAGUGACUACUUCGCUCACCUCCCGUAGCUCAAUUCUAGUAAAUCAACAUGUGGGCACCAUUAGGGGCUCCCCAUUGUAGAUCCAAGAUGGAUGCUUGCUUGUUGUGACCUUUAGCGGGUUCCACAUUACGUUUUUUCCUAAAUUAAACUGGAGUCAUUUGACGUCCGUACCAUGAAAGAGAGAAAGUCUACAGGCAGAGUGGGUGGUGGGAACUGCCUGAAGUAGGUUAUAGUCUGCAGCAAUACAACAAACAUCUGUUGUAAUCCCUGUAGUCUGAUUAUUAUGACAUGGUGUAACACAUUGGGAAAGUUUUUUUUUUCCAGGUAAACAGGGUUUUCUCGUGUAUACAUCCCCACUUUAACAAUUAUGAGGUAACACUGUUGAGAGGAGAGUGUGCUUGAUUUACAUAUCUGUUCCUAUUUUGAGUUUCUCUGACAGUGUAGAGACAGCAGUAAGCCUAUCACGAGGUUCUCUGAGGAUUUAGAUUUGUUACUUUAUGUUGAUUGUGUUUUCCUUGCCAAGCAAAACCUGGGGCCCUGAGAUCUGCUGUUUAUCCCCUGGGGGGUGUUAAGAUACAGUGAGGGUACAGUGUUUGGUAUGCACCGCAGGAAGGUGUGUGGUAAUGUCUGUACAUGUGAGGAUGGGUUCUAUACAACACUUUCUCUUUCCCUCUGUGACUUGCAGAUAAGAAAAUGGCUACUGCCACCAUAUUAACACUGUUUCCAGAAACUGCCAUUGUUUCCUGAGCCAGUGUUGAAGGGAGAUUAAAAAUAAUAAGUAGUGGUGCCAUUAGAAAUUGCAGCAGGCGACAAAACAUUUGUUCCAGUUUGUUGUUGAACCUCUACCCUGCCACUCUGCACGGACUGAUAAGUUGUGCUGCUGGUCUCUAUUUAUGCAUUUAUGCUUACUUGGCUUUUAAGGACAAGACAUAUUGGCGUUUAAAAGGCAAAUAUAUGCACUUAUGGAAAUGUUUGUGCUCCAGUUAUGUUGUGUAUUUUUGGUGGUAAAUUGACAGUUCGCUAAGCAUCACCCCCGUCAUUUGUUCUUUAUUGUUUGUAUUUGAAACAUUAAGUUUCACUUUAAACAUUACUAUAGAAAAGGCCUCAGGGGUGAGGACUGACAGAUGUGUUUGGCAAACAUAACUGGUUUGGCUGCUUUUACUGGGGUGAAAACUUGCCCAAAUCCAACAAAGAGCACCUCAGAGCCACUCACGUUAGCCUAAACUGAUAUCACCCAGGACCUGCUUCCACACAGUGAGGAAAUACUACACAGGGGUUGUGCUAGUUGUGAAUGGACCUUUUAAUGUAACCUCACCCCACUAAAUGUUGUCAGCUAAUGAAAUGCUCCUUGGAAGCAAUGCACGAUUAGGUUACUGCAGUAAACUAGUUAGCUGGACGUGCUAUUGUUUGCAGCUCACAUGGUUUAAUCCAUUCCUUUUACUUUUUCCACUUGUGGUUUUGGUUUUGGAAAGGCUAAAACAGAUACACCACCCUCCAAACUCUUAAUGCUCUUACUACAGCUCGCUACUGGGUGCUUUAACAUGCGGAGAAAUCUAGAGCGAGCUCUAGCAAUUCUUUACUUUUAAUAGAUCUUAUAUUUUUAGAUGCAAUUAUUUGACAUUUUAUGAUUUGUAACACCAAAAUAAUAGCUAAUGUGGGCAUUGAUAUAAACAAGACCCAUGAAAUUCACCUGCAUAAAUAAAUUAUUAUCAUUCUGGCAUCAAAUGCUUGCUAGUGGCAGGUAAUUAAGUUCUUACGGUGCAGGAGACCUGAGUUCAAGCCCUAGAACGAGAGAUGAUGAUGUAAAUCACACACAUCAUAACACUGAUUCAUUGAGGAGUAACCUCUCUGGUCAGCUGGUCAAUAACUCACUAUUCCAUAAGGUCCUGUAGUUUAUGGUGACUGCAGUCAAUUGUUCCCAACAAGAGAGAAAAGUAAAUGAUGAAAAGGCGGCUCAACUGAUGAAAAUAUUUUGUUGUAGUUUUCACAGUGUAACUUUGGUUGUAUUUUUUAAAAUGUGUGCACAUACUUUAGAAUUACAGGAAGAAGAGCUUUGUGCAUUUAUCCUUCAAUAGGAAGAGCAGAGUCCAGAGUUCAACUGGAUGCGCAAUAAUUCAAAGUCUUGCAUGCCAUUUAAUUUUGUUUACUGAACUUAUUUAAUUGAGCCCCCUGCUGUGCUUCGUCAUACCACACUGGCUCAUUUUCUCAAUGCACCCAAAAAAUCUCUGUUUUUGUCUGGAGUCAACAGAACAAAAUGUGCUGCUAAAUCUGUGGGACUUCAAAGCUGUUUUUCUCUGCUCUCUUGCCAGGGUCAUCACAGAUAGCCAACUCCUAUCUGCCUCCCCAGGCAAGACUUAGAGCUUUCACUGUUGGUUUGUGGUUAGAGUUCAAACUUGGCUUCAACAUCCAGCCGACCAGCAGCAGCAGAGGCAACUAUACACACAUGAGAGCCGAGGCAGAGAGAAAAAUAUGAAAAAGAUAUACAUUGGCAAAACUGCCCUCAAAACACAGAGAAAUGGUUGCAAACAUCAGAAAAGAAGCUCUUUCCACGACCACAAGGAUGACCUCCGUAAGCGACUGUCGUACACAACCCACAAACUAGAGAUGGUGGAGACUGAGUUUGAUUCCACUCGGCAGUACCUCGAGACAGAGCUGCGACGGGCCCAGGAGGAACUGGAGAAAUUUACAGAGAAACUACGCAGGAUCCAGAGUAGCUAUGCAGCUCUUCAGAGGAUCAACCAAGAUUUGGAGGACAAGAUGCACAGGACGUCCCAGCACCAUGAAGAGGAAAAGAGAGCCCUCAGCCGGGAAAUCAUCCUCCUCAACAACCACCUCAUGGAUGCGAAGAUCACAACCAAUAAACUCAGAGAGGACAACGACCUGUACAGAAAAGACUGCAACCUGGCAGCCCAGCUGCUGCAGUGCAAGUCUCACUACAGAGCACACAAGUUGUCUGAGAUGCCGCUGGAUUUCCAGGAACGCAUCAGUUCCCACAUGGAGAAACAUAAUCGGGGUAGCGGAGCCACCACAGCAAUGUGCCACUCAAAAUACUCUGACGCUGUGCCCACAGACAUAAUUGCCAAGGUCCUGGCGAAGCCUGAACCUGGAAGCAGUUGCCCUGUAACACGCUCACCGAGCCCACAGCCACAGGAUGGAGGCUUUCUUACAGUAACAGGAAGCACUGAUCAGCUGAACCGUCGCCUUUCAUAUAAAACAUCUGACCUGUACUGCAGCGAUACAGCCCUCUACUGUCCUGAACGAUGGCAAGAUACAGAGCGCAGGCAGAGCGUUGACCUCCACGGCACCGCUUUGCACCAACUGCACGCCCAGAACUCCACUGACAGCAACCCAGAUGAAGAGGCCUACCAAUCUGGAAGUUUCUCCCACCAUGAGCCCCAAUCCUCCUUCCACCAUGAUGACUUUGGCACUGGUAGCCUCCCUGCCUCGAGUUCCUACUCUAGCUUCAGCCUCGCAUCCGAUGAGAAGGGAGGAGUUGGUGGCGGUUGUGGGCGCACUGCCAGCAGCACCUUAUCCUCUUCCCACCAGGGUCUCUAUAUGGACUGGAGAGACGGUGGCAGUGCGGACUAUGAGCGCAAAAGCAUGUCCUCUUACGAUAAAGAUAUUCCAAGCUUCCCCAAGUCUCUCAGCAUCCAGCAUAUGGUGACCCCCAGGAGCCCGCAGAAGGGCAAUUCAGCAGCGUACACGAGGACUGCUUCAUGCUUCAGUGAACCAUACCAUUCCAGCACCCCUCGCCUGGCCUCCUCCCACAGCAUGGGGUCCACAAUUGGACUGGGCCAGGCUCGUGGAGGAGCUCUGGACAGCCGUGGUGACAUCCAGGUCCCUGAGGACGACCUAAGCAACCGCUGGAGACAGCUCAGUGUAGAAGACAUCAACGCGUUCUCCUCUUCCUACCGUGACAUCACAGGGCGUGUCUCUCCGUACAGUUUCUCUGAGCGCCAAUUUGCCGUGGGCCCUUCUAGUAAGGUCAAGGGCUCUCUCUACAGCAGCUUCCAAGAAGGAGAUGACAUCUUCCACAGCCGUGUGCUGGACCAGUGUUUUGCUGUGGCUCCCCCGUCACCCAGCCGCAGUCAGAAACCUAUGGAGCAUCGGAAGCAGGAGAAAACGUCUGUGCUGUAUAGAGCCAAGGAGGACAGUCAGGACUCCGAGUGCAGUUUGUUCCUCUCAGGGAGCUCUAAAGAGAAGGAGGCUGGCGGAGGAGCAACGGCAGCAAGCAAUGCCAAGAAGGACUACGUAAAUCUGAGUGCAGACAGCUCCGCUGAGUCCUUACACCAAAGCUCCCUCGAAGCCUCAAGUCUUCAACACUACCCCAGCCCCAGGCCGAGUGUUCGGCCUCGCCCGAGCUCCAGCUCCGCUCUCAGUGUUGGCCCCGCACUCCCAAAGAAGUCCUCUCCAAGAUACCAAAAAUUUGGCAGCACGGGAUUGACAAGGAAGGACAGUUUGACCAAGGCACAGCUAUACGGUACACUGCUGAACUGAGCAGAGAGAGAGAGAACCUUUCAUUUUAUGCAUGAAGAUGAUGAUGAUGAACUUACUGUACUGUUCUGUACCGUAUGUCUCAAAAGAUCACUGCACCAAACACAUACGUGGCGUGAUUGGGUAUUAAAAUGUUGUUUUAUGUAUCUUUUAGCCAAGGCACGUUUCAUGCAGUCUGCAACAUGUUUUCUAUUGUGUGUCAUGAUACGGUGUAGCUACCUGAGACCAGCUAUUCAGUAUGUUUUUGUUUGUUGAUUAUUAGAGCCAGCGGGAACAGGGGAAGAACUACAAUGCAGACCAAGCUACAUGAACAUACUGUGCAAUUUGCUCUCUUUUUUUAGUGUUAAGAACUGUUAGUAAAACCAGCAAAAGACCAUUAAUUCUGCUCUAAUAUACACCGUAUAGAUAAUGGACUAGAGCGUGUGCAUCCAUCACACAUUUUUGGGGAUUACGUUGAGUGGAUCCUGCUGACUGCAAGCUGUUUUAUUUAAGAUUUAUUCAUUCUCUGUUUUGUCUUAAACAAUAUGCAUGCUGUAUAAUGCAGAAAUAAGGUGGAAAAACUAAUUUCCAGCUGAAUUAUUUAUUAUAGCGACAUUGUCUGUAAUCGCCACUAACUAAAAAGGAUGUUUUAUUUCCACUUCCAAAUUGGCUAGACAAGCGAUUGUAUUUUACGUAAAAGCUGUGUAACAUUUAUGGCAAUACACUGAAUUUAAAUGGCGAGAGUUCCUUCCUGAUGCUAGAUUUCUCACUUGUGUAUUGGAAACUUCAAAUCCCUACAUAUAAAUAUGAAUAAAUAAAAUUACAAUACGUUGCCAGGUGAACAAAAAGAAAAGACAGAAAUUGUUAAAUAGAACUGUAGGAUUUUUUUUGCUGGAAUUUUUCUUAUUUUUGUAUCAAAAUGAAGGCUGCACAGUAAUUGCCCUCAUACCAGGACACUUGUGAAAUUGCCUUAAUCCUGUUCAGUGGACAGAAUGGUCUCCAUUACAACAACUGUGUACAUACUGUAUUAUCUGAUGUAUUGUUACUGUACGUAUACCCUACUGUUACAGCGUAUGUUCUUCCCGUUAGACGUAACACACAUAAGGCCAGUUGCUUGGAAAAGGAUUAAGUCCGUUCUUAGACUGGGGAUAUUUUUCAGUGGAGAUCUCCAUUGAAAUUAGUUUUUGGUGAAAGACGAAGGAAGCUUAAUCCCCGUCUGAUAAUCUGGCCCACGCAGCCAAAUUUAUACCCUGACACAAACUCUUAAACACUGUUGCACGAGUUUUUACGAGCGAUUAAUUAGAACAUUCUGCAAUGAAUUCACAAAAAGUGAAAAAGUGUACUGAGACGGGACUAAGAAACGACUGAUUAAAGACAAAAAUGUACAUCCUGUUUUGUUUUUAAACCAGCAUGCUGAAUUAGACUAGUUUUGAGAGAACACUGUGAAGAUAAACAAAGUGUGUGUAUAUUCGUACAUAGAAAUUGGCAAAGACAUGCUGUCCCGUUGGAGAAUUUCAACGAUGAUAAUGAGCCUUAUGUUAAAGAAAGAAUUGCAGUGAGGUUGUCCUGCUGCCCCACAAUCACGCUAACAUCUGCUACAGUUAGUAGCACCCUCUGGCAUGAUAGUUCUUCGAAGGAUUUCUUCCUGCCUGCGUAGCUCUAUAGAUCUGGGAGGAAUGGUGAAAGCUAAAUAGUCUCAGCUUUGCCCUCGAGCAGUCGCAUAUAGAUUCUUCUGGAAGGCCAUGCCUCUACCUCUCCCAUUCCUGCAGAUUUGGGAACUGGCUUAAGGCUGUUUAUUAAAGAUUUAAAAACUGCAUCCCUUCUUUUUGACCUGGCAUGUUAUGAAGGUGAAAGUGCACCACAAAAAGUCUCCAAUUAUAGUCGUAUUUCAUACAAUGUAUAGGUAUCUACAUAAAGGAUUGAAAAGGUUAGGAAUUAAAUGUAACGACUGUACAGCGGGAUUGAGAGGAUAUGUGGUUAUUUUUGUUGUGGACAUAAUGUAUAAAAUGAGGUAUAGAAACUACUUCCGCAGUUGUUAUUACACUAUGACUAUUUUUUAUCCAGUUUUAGUUAUAUUUAUUGAAUGUUUUGACGCUGAAUGAAGAGGCUGAAGUGGUUCUGUCCUGUUCUACCUCCAGCCCUGUUCCAGGAACAACAGGCCAGCCGUCUAAAUGUCUAAAUGUUUGUCUGUCUAAUGCAUGGUUAUAUAUUUUUGAUGUAUGUUGAUUUACUUAAUAAAGAUGAAUGUUGGGAAAUACAUCAUUGGCUUCCAGGGAAAUUAUUUUU